AUGUCUGUUUCUUUAGGAAAAGACCUCAGAAAUCAACUCUUUCACAUUUCCCUGCACCCAUUCCCCCAGUGUUCAUCAGCUUUUCCAUGCUGUGUUCUAUUCCAGACUUUCACUGGGAAUUUUGUCUACUACAUCCAGCCAGUGCUUCCAGAGGACCUUGUGAAAGCAGUCCUGGAGAAAAUAGGUUAUGUUGCAACUACAGCGACAGAGUUUUCACUUGUCAAAAAGAGAAACAAUGAGGAAAUGAAGCAGACUGCAUUUGAGAUAUUCCUGGCAAGAAUCGAGUGUGAAGCCAUCCUUGAGAUGACAAAUGAAGAAAAGUAUGGCAAUUUGGAGAGGAGCCCACAGCAGGGAACACAAACACAUCAGCAUCGAGGAGAGGAGGAUGAGGAAGAUCAGACACCCCAGAGAGGAGACGCUGAAAGUCUGGGAAAUGAAGGGAACAGUGAGACACCUUUGUGCCUUGCUCCCCAGCAGAAGUGUUCAGCUACCUGUGCUGCAUCCUUUGAAGCCGCUGGGAAUGUGAGGAUCAAAGGGAACGCGGCUCAGUCAGCAGCUGCUGCAUCCCCCGGCAGCCUGCAGGAGCACCAAAGGCAAGGCACCAACAGCACCCAUCUCCCGGGCAAGUGCUCAGACAGCGAGGACUUCCUGAUCAAAUACAGUGACAUUGUCAUAGGGCAAACACCCAUCUUCAGUGAGAAUCUCUCUCCAAAGGCUUUGGAAAAGGAGCCAGGAGCCAGGCUGAGCGAGGAGUGUGCCUUGGCAGGGGCUGCAGAGUUGGCUGCACGAGCGCCAGGGCCUGCACCUCUGUCCCCAGGAGCCAGCGGCCCCCCUGCCUUUGACAUGUUUGUUGACAGCCCCUGUGACGCCAAAACCAUCUUGGAGUUUGAAGCUCCAGGAGUCCCAGAAGGAUCAAUUGAAGCAGAAAUUAAUGAUGCCAUAAACUGCAUAGAUCCAGCCCCUGGUGAUGAACCCACUGAGCUGAAGUCUCUGCCCUACAAGGACUUUGCCCAAAACUGCAGCAUCCCCAGGGAAGAAGAUGUUUGUGAGCUGUCUUUAACCUUCACAGAACUACAAAUCAAGGAUGCUCAGGAAGCACUUACAUAUCCAGUGGAGGAAACUGGCCAGCCUGAGGCAGUGGCCUAUGCAGGAACAAGUGACAGGCACGUUAGAGAAUUUAAUCACUCCCAAAUAAAACAGACUUUCCUGACUGAUGCUGAGCUGCACAAGAGAGCAGCUCCAAACACGGAGCCACCUUCAGGUCUGUGCUGUACUGCUGGGCACACAGAGGAUUCCACUCCUGCUUCUGACAGCAGGAGACUAUUCAUGGAUCCUGCUAAGACACAUCCAGCUUCUGAGUGCUUCAGGCACGUCAGAGAGCCCCCCAACCUCACCUACAUCCCCCCCCAGAGCAUUGAUGUGCGGCCCUCACACGGGGGCAGGAGCAGCGCACGGGGCAGGAGGAGCCUGCUGCAGCCUGCAGCUGGCUCUGCUCCAGGCAGGGAAGGGAAGCUGGAGAACUGUAACUCCCAAGAGACUGACAGCCAGGAACCUUAUGUCAUCAUUGACAGAACCGACCAGGCAGUGCUGUGCCAUCACACCUGAGGCUCUAGUGCUUCAUUGGUAAUUACCUGGGGGGAUUGUCCUCUCACCUGUGGCCUUGAUCCUGUUGUCAGGGAGAUGUUUAGCUUUGUCAAAACAGUUCUAAAAAAACCCAACCACAUCACUGCUUUGGGACAGUAAAUAGCAGUAGUUAUACAAAUUCUUAAUUUCACAAGGAAACCUGAAUGGUAACCUUAAUAAAGGGUAGGCAAACUGCUAUAAAUUCAAAUCCAUUUAAUUCAUCAGUCAGAUUCCUUCUGGCUGUUCUUAAUGACAGACAGGUUUCUUCAGCUGGGCAUCCUACUUUUCUUUUUUCCCUUCACAGACCUAUUCCUAGAAUAUUCUUCCAGUACAAAGAAAAUUCUUCUAAACUGGAAGACCCAGCUUUAGAAAUGCCAUACUAGAGUGUACUUCUGUUAUCUCUGCAUUCCUUUGAAGCUGUGUCUGAGUUGAUCUUCCUCCUGACUUCAGCUGAAUACAGGUUUAGAAAGUUUUAUAACAUUCCUUUAGCUUUAAAGAGGAAAACAGCUCUGUGAACACUUGGUUUUGUAGAGGCAUUACCUGUGUUACAGGUUUUAUAUCCACCUCCAUUUGUUACCAAAGUAUUUUGUGGCCACCACCACAAUUUCCAAGAGAAGCCUUGAGCAUUUUAACUGGCAGCCAGCAGAGAGGUCCAGCCACGGCUGCCAUUUCCCUUGCCCCUGCUCCUGAUACUUAAUUCUGCACCAGAAGUUCACAGAGUUUUUCUGCAGGCCAGUUCAUCUCACUAAAAUGAAGGGAAAACAAUCUCAUUCUUUGCCUUUUUAGUGGCAGGAAAAAAAUCUGCUCAGAGAAGGAUCCCAGUGAGCAGCAGAGGCAGGAUGAGGGAUCUCCUGCAGGUGGGAGUGCUGUGUGGAAAGCUCAGGAGUGUUGGAUCAGCUGGAAGCUCCCAGCACUGAGAGCCUGUGUCCCACACAGCUCUGAAUUCUUUUAGGAAAGUGCACUGCUGCUGUGCUUAGGCACAGUCUGCAGUGCUGCUUCAUACAGGUACCUCCAAGGGUUGCCAGAGGUUGGUGCCAGACUCUUCUGGGUGGUGCCCAGCAGCAGGAUGAGGAGCUAUGGCCAUAAACUAAAACACAAAAAAUUUCAUCUCAACAUGAAGAAGAACUUG